GUAUGUGGGGCGUGCAGCCGACCGACUCGGAGCGAGGGACCCUGUGCAGUACGUCAUAUCGCCGUGCAAGACUUACUCAAAACGAAAACAAACAGCACCAAUAAACAGACAAGGUAUUUCAAACACAACUAAGAUAAUUGUCCUGGGUGCCACGACGAAGAUAGUGUACGCAACAAUGACUUUAAUUUAAUGUGAUUUUUCGGAAACCUGUAUUUUCACGGAAAAUACCACGAGUCGGGAUUCCUUCAUUUUGUGAUCUGUUCUGAUAUUAUACCAUGGAGAUGUUUGAUUCUAUGUGUCGGUCCUCAAUGUACCUCUCAGGACUACUAAACAUCGUUACCGGGCGGGAGGAUGAAUUGGCCCUCAAGAGAAAAGUAGAUGAAAUGAUGUGGUAUCCUCACGAUACGGAUGAUCUCCACCGGAAGUACUUCGGCGGAAGUCGUUCUGAAGGAUUGUGGUUACCAGGAUCUGAUAUGGACAUAAUGAUGGUUGUCAGGGAUACAGUCGUCUUAAGUCUAAAAUUGGGAGAACAUUUCAAAAAAUACUUUUACCACCACAUUUUGAUCAUGAGGGAUGAGGGAUGCAGGCCCGGUCACGUGGUUUUGCAAGUUGGAAAUAUUUCAGUUUUCAGUAAAUCCACGUUUCAAAUGGCCAUCGUUAAACAUAAAGGUUUGCAGGUUGUGUCCAGCAGCGCCUUCCGCAGCAAAUUAGCAUCAUUACAUCCAGGCGUCGUAGAGCACGGUCCAUGCGCCAGCAUAUUAGAUAAUCCAGAUCUGGAAGUUGAUCUUGCCACCGCUUUCCACUGUCCAGAAUGGCCAGAUAUUGCACGUGACUGGAUCACCAGAAGUAGACCCCAUGGUUGGCCGACAGCUGCAAUGAUUGACAAUAUCGUCAAGCAGGGCUGUCACGUGGUUCCUGUUGGAGACAAGACAUCAGAAAACGUGUCCGUCGAAUGGCGCGUGUCUUUUGCCCGAGCUGAGAGAAGUUUGGUACAUUCACUCAACCAUCUUCAAUUCAAGUUGUAUACUCUCCUGAAACUAUUCCUGAAGCAGGUUAUCAAUAAACACGAAGAAGUGCGAGACCUCAUUUCAUCGUACUUUUUGAAGACAGUAGUUUUCUUCGUUGCAGAGAAUACACCAAAGCAACUGUGGUCAAACGGUGGCCUCCUGUUCAUCAACUACCAAAACUGCCUGAAAAUGUUGACUCAGUGGGUUCGCGAAGGCCACUGCCCGAACUACUUCGUCCCCAAGAACAACAUGUUUCUUGGACGAGUAUUUGGAAAAGGUCAAGAAAACCUUGCGAAUAUUCUUGACAGCUAUUGUAGCAUGGGGAUGGAGAUGUUAAAGAAAUGUGAAUAUUUCGAGAAUCUGAACACAACCCCUUCCAUGAAAGACUUGGUGGAAUUGGAACUAGUCUUGAGGAACGCCAAAGAAGCGGAAUUCAGAAAGGACAUGAUUGCAUUCAUGUCGAACACGCUAAUGUAUCCGGUGAGCAGAGAAAACGGACUCAAAUCAGUCAGACGUGCAUUGAAAUUCUUUGGCGACUCGGAAAAGUUCGAAGAUGAAAAUAGUCGUUGGAUACUUCUGCUGAACACACUGCUUGGUACGCUUUCAUUACUCCCUGACCAAGAAAAAAAGGUUAAUUCUGAUGACGAAGACACAGAGGAAUCGAAAUCAAACGAAACCAAAACAAUACUCGACCAAAUGGAGACAAAUACAAAUUUAAAACAAGAGCUCGAACCAUCUAAUUUUUCAAGCAGUUUGUCAAAUAUUGGUGACCAUAACACAACUCCGCAAACCAAAUGCGAUGAAUAUUUGACCAGUAAAGAACCAGGAUGUACAACGGCGACCACGGGUCUCUACACAUGGAAGCCAAGCAACAAAGAACGGUACAGGGAGUUGCGCCGAUGUAAAUAUUCUCUAGCGCACUGUACACAGAUAGACGUCAGCAGAGGAUGGUUGACUCUCGCAACAUUUCUCUACAUGCUUGGAAGCUAUAACAGCGCCUUAAAGAUUCUGCAGCUGGUAAAAGAGUCCUACUGUCACUUCACCAUCUUUAAGAGUUCGUCUGGAGGUAUCGUACCCAAUCAAGAUCGGGACAACGCAUACAAAAAGAACAUUUGUAUCCAUGGCCUAUCGCUUAGAAACAAAACGACUGCUGUCCUUUCUCUAGACAUCUUCAUCAGCGAGACCAAUCGGUUCUGUCCCGAAGAGCUACAAUGUCUAGUUGAAGACACACUGACUGGGUUUCAUAUCCCGCCGUUACCAUAUGCUGCCUUUGCAACGUUCCUAUGCUUCUAUCAUCUCGGAGAUUUGAAAAAGCAGUGCCAAGCAUUAGAUGACCUUCAAAUGAUGAUGUCACACAACGAGCAAGGAGCGCACUUACAUCCAGUUGUCUACAACCUCGUGGGACUUUGCCUUGAACUGACCGGGGAUACGUCGGGAGCUAUUGACCAGUACACAGAAUCUCUGAGGAGGAGACCGGCGUAUAACGGAGCAAAUAAACGGCUAAAGGAACUUGGGGUCGAAAUAAUCUAUCAACGACCACUACAGUCGUAGACAGUAAGACAACUUAACGCACUUUUGCAAUAUUACAAUGGUAUACAUUGCACUAGUAUUUCGGUUUCAUUGUGUUAAAAAUCAUAAGUCGGCAACACUAAUAACACUGAUGCUGACGUCGGCAUCUGUGACGUAGCACUUUAAAGGUUCAUGUUGAGAUCAGAUUUUAUAGAAGAGUAAAUGCGUUUUUGCAUCACGGUGCUUUUAAACAAAACAUACCGCUCAAAAUAUGUUUAUCUAAAUUCAUCCUCAUGCAUGAAACUAAGUUUUACCAGGGACGUCAGUGGCAUUACCUUUUUUAGUAAAAAAAAGAAUCCGGAAUGCACUCGUGUAAUCUGAGACAUCUGAUGAACACAUCUGUGGUAUUGCCAAUUUAUGAAAUAUCUUAAUCUGAAUCUUAGUAUAGUGUUACAGCCUGCUUUCAGGCCAUGUGACACAAGGUUCAAUAAUUCACAUUGUGAUAAUUAACAUGUUGUUCCGGUAUUAUCCCGGUAGCCAGGGCUCAUUUGUAGCUGGAACUCAUCCGUUGUUUUCCAUUGGUUAAACUAAUUAGGCAAAUCGACGCGUUAAAACAGGAUUAUAAGCGUCAUUUUACGUUAAAGGUAACGUGACGUCAUUAUCCCGAACAUCAACACAGAAUAAUAAAUCGUCGACUUCAUCAAUGGAUAAAUAGCAAAGCUUACAGCUACAAAUGAGUUCUGGCUGCUUAGGUAAUACAAAAUGAAAGUGCUAAAUAAAGAAUCUUGUAAUUGUAAUACAAGGUUCGUCUAUUUAUUUUGAAAGAAAUACCGUUUUUAAGAGAUCGUCUGGAGGUAUCGUUCCCAAUCAAGGUCGGGACACGCAUACAAAAAGAACAUUUCAUUUCCAUGGCCUAUCACUUAGAAACAAAACGACUGCUGCCCCAUUUCCUUACAUCUUUAUCAUCGGCACCGUAAGCUUAUGUCCUGAAGAGCUACAAUGUCUGAUAGAAGACAUGUUGGCUGAUUUGCAAAUACCGCCAUAACCAUAUGCAGCAUUUUUAACAUUCUUAUACUACUAUUAUCUCAGACAACACAACGGGCAGGGAGCGCACUUACAUCCAAUUCUCUACAACCUCGUGGGACUUUGCCUUGAACUGAACGGGGAUACUUCGGGAGCUAUUGACCUGUACAUAGAAUAUCUGAGGAGGAGACCAACGUAUAACGGAGCAACUAAACAACUAAAGGAUCUUGAGAUCAAGGACCGUUACAGACAGUAAUUCAACUUAACUCACUGUUUGCAAUACUACUAUUGUUAUACAAGUAAUUCGGGUACAAUGUAAUCCUUAAUGCUAGCAAGUCGGCGAUUAGAAUAACACUGAUGCCGGUAUCUGUGACGCAUGUCAAUAUCAAGGGCUAACAAUCACUUUUGAUAUCAUCGUGCAUUUAGACGGGAGACAUAUGAAGUAUACGUUUCGGAUUUAGACAAAAGAUGUUUAUGCAAAUCUAUCUACGUUUAUGGAAAACUUCUUUUAUACACUCGUGUAAUCCGAGAUUUCUGAUGAACUCGUGUGGUAUUGCCAAUGUAUGAAAUACCUGGUGAAUCUUAUCGUAGUGAUAGAGUCUGUUUUUCGACUGUGUAAUUAUGUUCCGUAUUUCACACGGUGAUAAUUAACAAGAUGUUGUAAAACCCCAGUAACCGAAAUUCCUUUUCGGCUUAACUCAUUGGUGUUGUUAUCCAUUGAUCAAAACGACAGAAAACAAAAAACAGGAUGAAAUGCGAACAUGUCAACGCCAUUUUACGCUAUGGUUACUUGAAGUCGUUAUUCUUUUCUUAAGUAUUCGGGAAGCAUAUUGAACAUUAAACAGGGUUUUCGUCGAUUCAAUGGAUAAAAGCCAAUGAGUUCCUGCUAAAAUAGGAGGGAUAAUACAACAUCAAAGGGAAUAAUGAACACUGUGACAAGGUUCGUCAGUUUAUUCUGAAAGCAAUACCAUUGUGUUCGAAAUGGCUGUAUUGGUGUUAAAUAAGGUUCAACAAGCCCCCUAAAUGAUGGUCUUGUCACCCAAAAUUUAAACCCUCUGAUAAGUCCUAUUUACAGACCCUAAUUUAACAUCAGAAUUUAGAAAGUAAUUUGGAUAUAUAGAAGAUGUAGUUUGCUGGUUUAAACGAUACGUAUACAUAUUGACCUUAACGAAGUUGUUAGUAAUAAGACAUUAUGGCUGAUGUCUUCAUAAAAAUAGUUCACUGGACUUGUAACAUGUCAAUCUCUUUUGCAUAUCAACUGAAUGCUACGAAAUGUCAUAUUAUCUGAAGCUGAUUUAUAUAAAUACGUCAUGCGAAGUUUAAUAUCUCCUUUACUGGCUGAGGAGAAGCAUACCGGCCACAAAUCAUGAUUGAUGUAGUCAUGAAAACCGCUUUAAUCAAAGCAAAAAUCCAAAUUAAUGUAUUUUAACUUAUUGUUAUUGUUGGUAUAUUCUGAAGAAGAAAGGUUAAUGUGACUAAGACUGAUAAAUGAACAAGAUGUGACAUUUCUUUACAUUCUGUGGCGUUACAAAUGAAAUAAACAUGUUAUACUGAUUGUAAAUGAAAAGUGCUACAAUGUCAAUAAUUUGUCCAACUUGUUUUACCAAAAAAUAAAGAAAAACGAUAAAUAUUACGAAAAGGCAAUUGAUGUCAAGUUCAUUUAUUCAUAGAGGUAACACGAUUUCUUGGUUAACAUAUUCUAUUUAAGGUGUCAACUGGACGGAAUAUUCCUGUUUUUCAGUGGAUUAACCUCACUUUUAAAUACAAACAAAUAUUCUCAGUAAUUGCAUAAAAUCGAGGGGGUUGCUAAAGGUAACCAAAAAUUAUGUACACAUCACCUUUGAGCCGUUUUUUGAUUAUUAUGCAUUAAAUGAGACAAUGUAUACAUAAUAGCAUAUGUAUAACAACAAACAUAUCAAAAACUUAUAUCCAAUGACACACAGAUGCGCCCAUGUAUACUGACAUCAAUAUGCAGUAUUGCUAAUGCUGCGUAUAUAAAUUAUUUUGACAAGAAUGUAUCGAGGUCAUGGCAAAAUUUGUAAAACUGAGGAUAAAUUAGUUUACUAUUAUUAACCUCAUUUGAGCUAAGGCUCUUUGAGGGAGUGGGUUUUUUUUGUGUUUUUUUUCCAAAUGUGUACAAUGUUUUAUUAAUAAAUGUAUAUUGUUUAUGCAAACUUAAAAGAACUUUCAACUUAUUUUCUCCAUUUUUCUUUCAUUUUGAGACACUUCAGAAUGUUCAUUGUUGAUUUGUUAAAGUUUCUUGUUACUCAACAAAUGUUUGUUUUAUUUAUAGCAGCAAAAGUAUUGAAUACACAUUUAUAAGAACUGGGCAGUAAUUAGCUUGAACAAGGUACAUGUAUUGAAUUAUAUUCAGUUACUGUAUGUUACCAGUAAUAAGCCCAUGUCCAGUUAUAAGCCCCCACCCCCUCUUCCUUGACUGUUUUAGUACUAAAUAGCUAGUUUAUUCAUCUCACAAUAUAUAAGAGAUCAAUAAAAAAAAUUUUUACAAUUCAUCAACAGUAUACAGCAGCACUACAUAUUAAUGAUGGCACUUAAAUAAAAACUUCCAUUGCACAUACCCAUACAUCACUUUAAACAAGUGCUGCACUAAACUUUAAUAGCAGUACAAUUCCAUUGCACAUACCCAUAUAUCACUUUUACACAACUUCUGCCCUAGGCUUCAACACGUAAAACAGAAAAACCUUGAUAUAAUGUACCUGGUUUUAUUUGUUCACAUUUUUUUGCCAAAGAUACCUUUUUUUCCAUUUUUCAUAAUGAUCCCUCAGUACUUGGCCAAACUCAAUUAAUAACAAUUGUUUUUCUUUAGAAAAGUUGCAAUGUGUGUAUCAAUAUAUGAAAAGGUGAUACAUUCCAGGGUAUAACAAGGUUUCACUAUAAAAUGAAAACAUUUUCACUGAUGAAUGAUCUAAACCAUGAUUGGGUGGGAAUAAUAAAAGUACACCAGUAAACUUUUGCCUGGUAAAAUAUAUUUGCCCUCAUUAUGGAGAGUGGAAAGGGCAAAAGUUAGACAAAAGGAAACAAUUUCCUAUCUAGAAGAUUGUCAUAUUGCAUUAUUUUGAUUUCUUGUCUUGGAAUUCAAUGGAAAAAAGAAGUUCACAUGAUUACAUACCAGAAAUUAAUAGUUAACAUUAAAUUAUACACAAGCAUUUAAUAAAAAUCAUAAGCUAUAAAGCUGCUACCAACAGUUACAACAGAAAUGAUAACAAAUAUUUUUUAAAAAUAUAUACAAUACAAGAAAAACGAUCACAUAUUUCUAUUCAAUUAGCAUUUUUUUCAUCACACAACUAGUCUGAAAUAUACAUAAAUUAUCAACAUAUAUCUAAAAAUAUCUUGUGACAUCUGCUAGGAUAGACUACUAAAGAAUGUUUCGAAUUGGAAUAUAUAAAAUAUCAAAAUAAAACAAUUUGAGAUUGUUGAGUGAUAGGAAGCAGCUUCCAUGUAAAACAAAAUAAAAGUUAUCACAUUCUGCAAAUGUAUUCAGAGAUAUUUCUCUAAAACAUUAUCUGCAGAGUACAUACAUGGAAUAAAAUAACCUUAAUAUAUUCAAUUCUAUAUACAUGGUAAAUCUAAUAUAUAGACAACAAAUUUCAUUAUACCAAUGUGAGUCUUACAUUCAUUCUUGAUCAGGAGCAAUAUCACUGUCCUAAUAGUAUCACAUAGUUCCAAGCUUACAGCUUGCUCAGAGGCCAUAGCCAUGACUUCUACAUUGACAAACUGGUAAGAAACUUGCAUGUGGUCUACAGUAUAAGAAGUUUCAACCCCUAGCUUUCAGCAUGGAAGGCAUGUCAUUUAAUAAAUAGCUGCCGAUAAAAGGAUUAAAGUUACUUU